UAACUGGUGACUGAGCUAGCUCUCGUUAGCUGUCUAGCUCAGUCUGUAGACACGUAUACACACAGUCCAGACACACGUUGAAGUUGCGCUGGAAGAAAUGCUAGCUACGAGAAAAGAUUUCAUAAGCUUCCCGGCAUUUAUAAAUUAAGGUUUUCCAAAUUCAGUAAAGCAAAGAAAUCAUCCCGAGGAGAGGGACAGAGUAUUUGUCAGUUUAAGCUACAGAUCAGUGCUGUUACUGAAUGCUGGCAGAGAAAGGCUCCUGGCCCAGCCAUGUUCGGCACAGAGUCCUCAUUAAGCAUGUUUCUCAACACUCUGACGCCCAAGUUCUACGUGGCUCUAACAGGCACCUCGUCCCUCAUAUCAGGACUCAUAUUGAUCUUUGAGUGGUGGUAUUUCAGGAAGUACGGGACCUCCUUCAUAGAGCAGGUGUCUGUAAGCCACUUGCGCCCCCUGCUGGGUGGAGUGGACAGCACCUCUCCCAGCAACUCAAACACCAGUAAUGGGGAGGCUGACUCUAAUCGGCAAAGUGUGUCUGAAUGUAAAGUAUGGAGAAAUCCGCUGAAUUUAUUUCGUGGAGCUGAAUAUAAUCGUUAUACAUGGGUAACAGGUCGAGAGCCGCUGACAUACUACGACAUGAACUUGUCAGCACAAGAUCAUCAAACCUUCUUUACCUGCGAUUCAGAUCACCUGCGGCCUGCCGACGCCAUUAUGCAGAAGGCGUGGAGAGAAAGGAACCCACAGGCUCGCAUCUCUGCUGCACAUGAAGCUCUGGAGCUGGAGGACUGUGCAACAGCAUACAUCCUUCUGGCAGAGGAGGAGGCCACCACCAUCAUGGAAGCUGAGCGAUUAUUUAAACAGGCACUAAAAGCUGGUGAGGGUUGUUACCGCCGCAGCCAGCAGCUCCAGCAUCAUGGUACACAGUAUGAAGCCCAGCACAGAAGAGACACUAAUGUGUUGGUGUAUAUAAAGAGGAGAUUGGCCAUGUGCUCCAGAAAGCUUGGCCGAACACGAGAAGCAGUAAAAAUGAUGAGAGAUUUGUGUGUUUUCCAGUUAAUGAAGGAGUUCCCUCUCCUCAGUAUGUUCAACAUUCAUGAAAACCUGCUGGAGUCACUACUAGAGCUCCAGAACUACGCCGACGUUCAGGCUGUUCUGGCCAAGUACGACGAUAUUAGCUUACCCAAAUCCGCAACAAUAUGCUACACAGCAGCUUUGCUCAAAGCCAGGGCGGUAUCGGACAAGUUCUCUCCGGAAGCAGCGUCCAGGAGAGGGCUGAGCACAGCAGAGAUGAACGCAGUAGAAGCCAUCCACAGAGCGGUGGAGUUCAACCCUCACGUCCCCAAAUAUCUGCUGGAGAUGAAGAGUCUGAUUCUUCCUCCAGAACACAUUCUGAAGAGAGGCGACAGCGAAGCCAUUGCCUACGCCUUCUUUCACCUGCAGCACUGGAAAAGGGUGGAGGGUGCACUCAACUUGCUGCACUGCACCUGGGAGGGCACAUUCAGAAUGAUCCCAUAUCCUCUGGAGAAGGGUCACCUGUUUUAUCCCUACCCCAUCUGCACAGAGACGGCCGACAGAGAGCUGCUACCCACAGUGUUUCAUGAGGUGUCAGUCUACCCGAAGAAGGAGCUGCCCUUCUUCAUCCUCUUCACCGCCGGCCUCUGCUCCUUCACCGCCAUGCUGGCUCUGCUCACACACCAGUUCCCUGAACUCAUGGGAGUGUUUGCUAAGGCUUUCCUCAGCACGCUGUUUGCGCCUCUGAACUUCAUCAUGGAGAAGGUGGAGAGCAUCCUGCCGUCCAGCCUCUGGCACCAACUCACUCGCAUCUGAUCCCCAACAAAAUGGACCAGAACCUGAACCAGGACCAGCACUAAGAGCAGACCUCCAUGCAGACAUAACCAUCUGAACUGAAACUCAGAAGGCUGCGUUGGGCCAGACUGACACACCUUCGUGCCAAGAUCAGAGUUCAAACCAGAGCAUAGGAAGACGGUGGGAACAAACAAAAGGCAGAACAGUGACAUCCUGAUGUCUGACUUUGAUAUCUUUGCGUUUUUUUGUUUUUUUUUUUUCUUUUUUUGUUGUACAAAAAAAGAUGAUCAGUUGCCAUCAUAAAAAAAAAGAUAGAAAACAAUAAAAGACUUUUUGUGUA